AUGGCCUGCUACGACCGCUGCAGUCCCUGCGGACCCACCCCGCUGGCCAACAGCUGCAACGAGCCCUGUGCCCUGCAGUGCCAGGAUUCCCGCGUCAUCAUCGACCCUUCCCCUGUGCUGGUCACCCUGCCAGGACCCAUCAUGACCUCCUUCCCCCAGAACACCGCCGUCGGAUCCACCUCCUCCGCUGCUCUGGGCACUGAGCUCAGUGUGCAGGGACAGCCCAUCUCUGGCGGAUUUGGUGGCUUUGGCUACGGCCUUGGCUAUGGCCGUGGAUUUGGCUAUGGCUGUGGAUUUGGCUACGGGCAGGGCUAUGGCUACGGCCUGGGCUGCUAUGGCAGAAGGGGCUAUGGCUACAACUGCUAAGGGCCCUCAGCACCAGUCCUGACACCACCAGCUCAG